AUGUGAACAAAUACCACAAUUCUUAGUAGAUACGCUGUACUUCGUAUUUUAGCUCUGACCUGGAUCUGAAGAAAUAUUUUAUUUGAUUUUAAUUUGAAAUGCGUUUCUGGUUUCGCAUUAGAGAUCAAACAGAAUGCGGCCCGUGGCAUCGAAAACAGACGGUUCAGCUUUGCUACCACAUGUCUGUUGCUUGGAUGUAUUUUGCUGCGAUCUAUGGAUACUAUGACUUGCCUUGUAAAGUGCCUACGAUCGUUUCUCCGAAGAAUUAUGCUGGAUUUUGGAAGUUCCUGACGUACUGGAAUAUAAUUGUCAGUUUUCUGUUCUUCGCUUUCUCCUGUAUCACUGACACCAUCCAAUCCGACAGGAUGAUAAAAUUCAGAGAUACUGUCUUUGCUGGUAUUGUAUUCCCUUAUGGUGUGUUUGUUUCCUGUAUGUUUUGGGGAGUAUAUGCAGUUAAUAGAGAACUAAUCUUCCCAAAAGAGUUGGAUGGAAAAUUUCCUGCGUGGUUAAAUCAUAUUUCACACACAAUUCAAGUGCCAACUCUUCUUCUGGAAGUCCUUAUCGUUCAUCAUAAAUAUCCGAGCAGAAAAACAGGAUUCGCUACGAAUAUGGGUUUUGGAGGCGUCUAUCUUCUUUGGACAUUUUACUUGGCUUUCGCCAAAGAUAUAUGGGUGUAUGAAUUUGUUCAAGAUUUACCCUGGUACGGUAAAGUAAUUUUCUUUCCAGCUUGUUUGGCCAUGCAAAUAAUCAUAUACAAUGUGUGUGAAAGAGUCGACUAUUAUUUUUGGCGUUUUUUCCCAUUGUCACGCGAGUUGAAGAGGUUAUAUGGUAAGAAAGUGUGAAAAAAGAACAAGCUUUUCCAAUAUAGUUAAAUGAAUUUCCAUUAUUUUUAAUCCGAGUUUUACAACUGAAAAAAGUCAGUUUUUAAUGCAAGAAAUUUUUUUUAAAUUUUCUGCAAUGUGUUUGUAAUAUAUUCUUUAUGAAUUUUAAAUGAUAGACCAAUAAAACAUUUUUGAAUGAUUG